GCCCUUUGAGUGUUUGUCAACGGACGCAAUACUAGUACUCUGCUGUGCAGAGGUUCAGAUAUUCGGCGCGAAGRUCUUUCAACUUUUUCUAAAAACCUUUCGUUUUCAUCGAGCAUUUUAGCCAUUAUUGGAGURAAAUAGCUCAGAAUACCCGCAUAAAGAUGUUUCCAAAAUCUAAACGAUUUCAAGAUUCAGUAAGUUGUGCUCCACCAGUGGGAAAGUAUAACAUUGAAAAUUCCAACAAAAAAAGUGGGGCAGCACUCUUUACUAAAUCCAAGAGGUUUGGAGAAUCCAAAGAAAACCAACCAGGACCUUGUGAUCCUACUGUUAGCUCAUACUUGGAUGUAAGCACUUGCAGUAUUUCAAGCAAGACAAGUGGCAUACACUUAAUGAGUACUCCCCUACCAAAAACUCAAGACAAAGCAAAGCUUCAAGCCCUGGAAAGAACUAUUGAMAGUUUGAAACAAGAACUGUGUCUGUUAAGAGAACAGAAUCAAGCACUCCAAGUUAAGAUAAGCUUAGAAGAUAAUGCUGUAAUCAAAGAAGACAAACUGGUUUCUACCGAUGAUGACUUUUUAUUAAAUGCAGACUUUCAGUGUUCUGGUUCUCCUUCUGAAGAAAAGAUAGAUAUAGCUAUAGGAACUGAUGAUAAUCCAAACAUAGACCUAACUGUACUAUUAGCCAGCAAGGAAAAAGAACUAGCCAACCUGCAGAUGAUAUUCAGAUGUGAACAAGAAAACUAUAAGGCAGAUAUUGACCUGGAAAAAACAAGAAAUAUGGCAUUAAAAACAAGAAUCACAGCAUUAGAAAAAUYCAAUCAGGAAAUGUCUUGCGACAGAGAACAAGUAGAAGAUGAAAACAAAAAGCUUCAAGGUUUUGCAGAUGAACUAAGGAAAGAAAAUUUGGAAAUUAUAAAAAAGUUGGACAUUGUGGAGCAAGAUCUAAAGGAUACAACUAAAAAGCUUACAAAAACUGAGAAGGAAGGGGAUGAAAAAAUUCAAAAUYUGCAAGCAGCUGUGGAAGAGGAGAUUAUGAAAGCAAAAGUACAAGAACAAAAGUAUGAAGAAUGCUUCAAAAGAAGUGAAGAAAAUUUUUCAAGUGCCAUGAAAACUGUUGAAGAUCUUCACAAUAAGAAUGUGGGCUAUGAAAGUAAGAUACAUGACUUGGAAAAAAGACUUGUACAGGUUACUGAACAAGAGCAACAAGCAAAUGAAGACAUAGAGUGUCUCAAGGCAGAAAACCAGUCACUUGAAAGUCAGCUCAAACAAUGUCAUCAGGAUUAUGRACAAAAAUUACAACUWUCUGCAUCUCAAGUURAAAAGUUACAAGAAGAAAUCCAGAGCAAUCAAGAACUAAUGGUGGAUAAUUUUAAGUCACUGACUGCAAAAUACACUGCUCUAGAGGAAAUGUAUGACCAGGAAAAGGCAACUGCCCAAAAAGAGAUUCAAAUAUUGCAAGCAACACUUGAGGCCACUAAAGUAUCCCUGAGCAACAGCAAUAAAGAUCAUGAUGAAUUGAUAUCUACCUUUGAWGCACUCAAAAACCAAAUGGCUGAAGAACAAGGGAGCAACAGUUACCUACAAGUCAUUGCUCAGGAUUUAGUUGAACAGUUGUUUUCAACUCAGUCUAGAGCAAGUUUUUUGGGAAAAGAGCUCAGUGAAAUACAAGAAGCAGCACAAGAAACAAAGAUAACUCUAGAGGACCAACUCAAUAAAAAACAAGAGAUUAUUGACAACUUGGAAUCAGAACAAAAGCUGCAACUCCAAAACCUUGACAUCUUAACAAGCAUUGAGAAAACCCAAAAUGAAAAGUUGUCUGGUGUGCUUAUGGAGAAUGAAAGUUUAAAGAAUGAAAAUGAUAAARUGGUAGCUGAGUUAGCUGAAGUUCAGCAUGAGAUUGGAAGAUAUCAACAAGAAYGCAGGAACUUGAAAAAAGAAAUGCAAGACAUGCAAGCAGCAUUAGAACAAAAAGACAAUGAAGCUGAAGAAAGAGCAGUGAAAAUCAAGGAGGAAUUUGGGAGUGAAUACUCACCAUUGUUACGUAUGAUGUSCAGGCGUCUAGUGGAAACUCAAAAGAAACUUUCUCAAAAUGAAAUCAACCAAACCAGGUUAAAAGAGGAGAACAGUAAGGCUCUGAAAAAACUCGAAGACCAGAUUCUGAGACUUGAUCAGGACCAUGCACAAGAAAAAGAAAAUUUGGAAACUACGCAUAAAAGAUUACUACAGAAUAGCCAAGAUGAAAUAGAAAACCUAAGGGAAAAGCUUAACAGACAUAACAGUGAUUCACAAAUAGAAGACYUUAAACAGCAAAUUGAAAUGUGGCAAAAUAGAUAUGAAGAACUUGAAGAAAAGAUUGAGCCAUUUAGGGAACAGCUUGAUGCCUUUGAGGCAGAAAAGAAUGCACUUCUGAGUCAAAACUGUGAAGCUCAAAAUGAGGUAUCUAAGCUCAGUACCCAGUAUGCCAAACUACUGGGACAUCAGAAUCAAAAACAGAAAAUACACCAUGUGCUAAAGCUUAAACAAGAAAACAUUGAUCUGAAAUCUGAAAAUUCCAAAUUGCGAGAACAAUGUGAAAAGCAAAAGAGAAGUCUAAAGAGACUAGAGGAAAAGAUGGACAACACAGUUGGCAAGAAGAGAUUUAACCCUGCAGAAGCAUUUUCACAUACGAAGAAAGAAAACAGACCUCUGACAGUUAUUGCRCAUGGAAACGUCAGCCAACACAAAUAGAAUGAUUUUAGGAGUGUUUUUAUCUGAUACCCUGGUGGCUACACCUGGUACAGGACAUAUGACAAUUUAGUAARAUAUAUAUGUAUAUGAUAGAAAAUAUUAAUAUUACACCCAAGUGUUGAUAGCAUACCUUCCUUGACCCCACUUACAAACUAUCCAUGAAUCAUAUUAUUGACCAAUGAAAGUAUAUAAAAUCGCACAAUAUUUUCAUGUGCAGUGCUAAUUCUGUUUAGUUGAAGAGACAUUUCAACAAACUAGAGCAUUCGUAAAAUACAUGACAUAAACUGAUUUAAUGCUACUUGUUUGGACACAACUAUAUUUACUAUUUUAAUAAUACUAGUUAACAUGCAGUAUUGAAUAAUAUAGGUGUGAUUAACAAAAGCAGACACAAUGCUUUUUACUGUGGAGAUACUCUAACCAGGACCACUGUCUAGUUUACUGUUAUCUGAUUGGUCAGUUUUAUUCAAGUGUUACCAGUUAGUAUGUCCGCACAGUAAAGGCCCCUAGUAUUUAAAUUGUACAGACUGCAUACCUUAUAGCCUGUGAGCAGGCUCAGGGCAUACGCUCACAUUCCUCAGUACUGARGUGUGGUUCAAAUCAAUAAUAUUUUAUGUUGUUUAAUGAAAUCUUUUGUACAAGCAAAAGCAACCUGACGAAUAAUACUAUGUACUUAUUGACUGAGGGGGAGGGCUGUAAGGGAAAAUAUUUGGCUCGAGGUGAUGCCGUAUGAAUGACUGAGAGCCAAUUAUUUUCCAGUACGGCCCGACCUAACUCAGUCAAUAAGCAUUUCAUCAUGACCCUAAAUAAAAAUAUUUAUAGAUAUUUUAAAAGUUGCAAAAUAUGUCAAUAUGGUCGCAGGAUUCGAGCAGGGACGUACUGAUUCGUACGGCCCUCCUCGCUCAAAGCGGUAYGGCCCUGCUCAUGCCAUUUUCCCGAAGGUUUUUCUAAGACCGUGUGCCCGGGCAUAUACUGGUCAUAUGAUAAAUACCAGUWCCUUUUUUAUUUCAGUCUUUUAUCAUUUAGAUCUGUACUAAUAAAGAAAUUCUUAUUCAAUCAAAAGUUAAAAUUGUGGCAUUUAUAUAUUAAUUACAUUGAAUGAAUAAAAGCAUCUUAUGGUGAGUAAA